GUAGCACUCAAGGUCAGAGUCAGCAAAUCCUCCUCUAAAAAUAGACUCUAGUUGCAAAGUUAGUAAGAUUUCUUUUGUCGUUCUGCUGCACUUCACAGGACCCAGCUACCUAGAGCACCCACCUAAGCUUACAGCUGACCAACUCUCAGCUCAACUGAUGUACUUCGAGUCAUGAAAAGCUUAGAAACCAAAGCACUGUUUACCCUCCUCCCAAGUGCAAACACUGCGCUCCAGACAGCAUGUGCCUUGGCUUCUGCAAGGAGAACUUUCCAGUUUAUAAAGCAGCCCUCUGCUUAGCCAUACUCGAAAAGGUUUCUUGCACAUCCUGAGCAGGCUGCUCCAUGGACAAGAUGUCAUCAGCAGGUUUGAACGCUGGGAAGAAAAAUGCAUACAGAGCAAUCAAAGUAGAUCCUGAUGAGGAUUACUGUACCCCAGGCGCAUUUGAAUUGGAGCGACUCUUCUGGAAAGGAUGCCCGAAGUACACUCAUGUCAAUGAAGUCUGGCCCAACCUCUACAUAGGAGAUGAGAAAACUGCAUUAGAUCGCUACAGCCUUGAGAAAGCGGGCUUCACCCACAUCCUCAAUGCCGCCCAUGGUCAGCGGAACGUGGACACAGGACCAGAUUAUUAUCACGACAUGACUGUGGAGUACCACGGAGUGGAAGCAGAUGAUCUCCCCACUUUCAAGCUCAGCCAGUUCUUUUAUUCAGCUUCUAAAUUCAUUGAUAAAGCGCUUCAGGAUGAAAGAAACAAGGUUCUGGUUCACUGUGCUAUGGGUCGCAGCCGGUCAGCCACAUUGGUCUUGGCUUACCUGAUGAUUUACAAGAACAUGACAGUGGUGGAUGCCAUUGAGCAAGUAUCAAGACACCGAUGCAUCUUGCCGAACCGGGGCUUCUUGAAGCAGCUGAGAGAACUGGACAUAGCGCUGGCACUGCAGAGGAGGAACAGCAAAAACAGCCUACCAUCUGACAACAACGAGAACAGCACCACAAUCUAGUAUUGUUCCUGGCAGGGCUGUGCUACUGGAAAAGAAACUCCAUAAAAGGAGGGGAGGGGAAGGUGUAGUUAAUUACAGAGUCACAAGGAUCAUUUGUUAUUUGGAAGGAAAAACAAAGUCAUUUCAAACGCCGUCAAGAUGAGAAAGAAGGGAAGCCAAAUUUAAAACCCAUCUUUGAAUGUUCCAGGCUUAGCAGAAUUCCAUGUGACAUCAACAAAUAAAUUUUACCCUCUGUAAAAGAGCUUUUACAGCACAAAAGCAGGCACAACUUAAAAGAAAACCCUUCUAGCCGAGUACCCCCCAAAUCCUGAUCCUAACCCAAGCACAUGGCCUUUAAAAGAGUGGAGCUAGACAUUCCUGAAGAAAUUUUGCAGGAAAAAUACCGAGAUGGUAGCAGCACAGAUGAAUUGUUUAGUCCCAGAGUCCUGAAGGAUUUUGCAGGAGUUUGCCUUUCUGUGCUGUUUCCUGGCAUCCCCAUUUCUUCUUUCACAGUAAUAAUCUAAGGCAGCACAGCAUUUAGAGAGCCUCCAGAUGAGGAUCAACUACCCAGUCUUCACAAUGGACUUUGCAGCAGACCAUGCAAACUAGAAACAAAGCAAGACCCUUGAGAAGGUCUGAUGCAUAAGCAAGACACAAGGGACAACAAUACAAGGAGAUAAAUACACAUGACAUUUCAGCAGUUUCAGUUUUAACUUGUUUUUCCCAAAUGCUUCAACUGCCUGAAUUUUAAAAAGGUCCUAUACAUACAGUAUCCAAGCCAAUUUACUAGUCCACAGAAAAAAAAAAAAAGACUGAGAAAAUUGUGUUGUGACUUGUUUUCCUGUACUUGAAAAAACUAACAGCUAGAAAAACAGGAUGUCCUUUACACUGCUAAGAGGAAGUUCAACACUGAACUUGUGCAGCCCUAAUAAGCCCCUAAAUGAUAAUGGAUUAUAACCAGUUUUAAUGAUAUUUUAGUUUUGAUUUAGAAGGCAAGAGACACAGGUGAAGCCUUUAAAAAAAUCUCAGUGACCUGACUAACCAGGAGAAAGCUGCUGCUGUACUUCCAGACACCACUGUUUAUAUUUACCACUACCAAAUGUUUCCUCCUAUCUCAGCUUUAGCCAACUUAAUACAUUAUUGUGCUCCAAUACAGUUGCUAAUAAUUGUAUUUGUUGACAGAAGUAGUCCAAAUACACAAAUGGGGACACCGGAUCUACUUUUCUGCCUAAACUCGUUCAGUUUACUCUAUUUGAGACAAACCAUCAGUAACUGUGUUUUGACACAGUGAGAGUUUUGCCACCUCAGCAGUAUUUGAUAGUCUUAAAAUAUACUGUAGAGGAAGAUCACAAUUAAGCCGUGUUUACCUUUUUUGCAUCUGCAAAAAAGUCACAUCAUCACCCUCCCUGCUAGAAUUCUGCCUAAUUCAGUGUAUCAGGUAAGAGCUAUUUACUGCCUCAGUGCCCGAGAGGAACGACCUAGCCACCGAGAGCACAGGAGACUUCUCUUGGUCUUUACCAGCUGAGGAAGACUUUGUAACUUUGGUGCACUAUGGGCUGUAGAAGUCUUGGACACUUUAAAAAGAGAACACAGGGCAGAAAUGUGCCACUGAGAACUGCGAAUAUAUGCUACAAACCAAACAGAGUUGAGCACAACUUUAAACCAUUUUUUGUAGAUGUUAACAGCUCUUUACAGGCUUAGCAUGUCUAGUGUGAAGGCUUUCCUAUUCCUUCACUUUCUUUUGGGGCCCAAAGCCCAGUAAAUCAUUCCUCUCCAAACAGUAACCGUAGCCAAGGCUGCAGGCACCCAUAAUGCAAUGCUUUUGACUUCUCAUUUGUAUUUAUCUGUGUAACAAAGACCUUAUCUUCAAAUUCUCAGACACAGCAGAACACAAUAAAUACAACUAGACUACUGUUAAAAAACAAAUUAGACAUCAUGAUGUGAACAAUAUUCAUGAUACACACAAACUCUGGGACUUACAGCAAAUUAAGUAUUCCUACACCUGGAUUAGAAAAAAACCCAGAAAAAACAGAAAUAAAAGGAAACUCAAAAGGAAGCCACUUGACACUUCAAAAAUAAAUGAGCAGUCACAAUGUUGGUUUAAGAAGUCAAAGAAUUCUUGGAAGGGGUCCCUCAACUCUUUCCAUCUACUUCCAUAGACAUUCAAAUACACCUUUUCAGAGCACCUUACCGUCUACUGCAACUUAAUUCACAACCCAGAUAUGCAACAGCUCAUAUCUCAGUCAAGUUACAGUUAUUUUCUUUCUUGUAUCCUGCAUGGUAGCUUGAUGACUGCUGUAACUGGAAGAGGAUUUGUAGCUGAUUUACAUGCAGAAUUGUAUUUGAACAAGGUUUUCUGGGGCCUGGAGAUGGAUAUUUCUUUUGCAGUCUAGGACUUGAGCAAAUACACAGGUAAAAUUUUAAUUUCCUGAGGCCCAGCUGCUUUUGGUGGAGACUGACAAAACUUUCAAACAGCAGCCUCCCAACUACCGAUAGAAAGCAAAAUACUAGAACUCUUAAGUAGCUCCCACUCAUUUUGUCGUGCAUAGCAAAUUAAGAAAUUCGCACGUGGCAACUCUGACAUAGCAAUAGAAGACUGUAUCAACAAUUUCCAAAGGACAGGAUUCCAAGCUACUCAGAAACUACGAGCUGCUAUUCUUGCAUGGAGAUGAAAAAUAGCACAAAAUUGAUUUCUCAAGAAGUAAAUCAAUAGAACCCCG